UUUCGCACGCAAAGGACUCGCUCGCACCAGAGCGCGCCCGUACAAGCGACCGCACCCGAUUCCCGCCCAGCCUCCGCCGUGACAAAACCGGCGGCGAAACUCGCGGGGAGCGUCCGAUCACUCGCGAGCUCUCCGCGAUUCGCUCUCUCGCCUGAGAUACAGAACGAACUUCAAGACCAAUGGCGACUUCACCGUCUCGCGCCGACGCGGACGCCGCUCGCCGCCUCCCUCCUCCGCCGCCGGCAGCUGCCGAAUCGCAGCUCGCCUCCCUCCUAUACGAUAUGUCGCAGCAGGUGCAGGCGGCAAUGGAAAACAUGCUGAAGAUGAUAAAUGAAGCUGAUCAAAGCAGUGCUGGAAUCAUCGAGGAUAUAGAGAAGUGCAGGAAUUCUGCUCUUGAGAGGAAGAAAGGUCUGGAGGAAGAGAAGAAGCAAUUCCAAAGAGCUGCUUAUGCUGUUAUCGACAUGCUCAAUGUUGGAAAUUAAGAUUGGGAGCUACAUGGACAACUAGCAGUUAUGAGAGCAAUCACCAUGGCAAAGGUCCGAACAGCACUGUGGACGACGAGGUUUGUCAUGUUACCAAUCAAAUAUGCGGUGAGGCCAAUGUUGAAUAACAUGUAGACCAUAUUGAAUAUUUUCUCCCCUGUGUUCACUGCAUGCAAAUCUCCAUAGCCAACUGUGGUGAGGGUAACAAUUGACCAAUACAUGGAAUAAGUAUAGCCCAGCCAGACACUCUUAUGUUUGAAAUCC